AUGUGUCAAUUAACCAAUCAGGGCACACUUCUUGGGGUGGCCUUCUAUUGGUAUGGAGAGACAGCGUUACAUACAGCGGCUUACUGGGGAUAUUCAUCAGUGGUUAAGCUACUAUUAGACACAGGGGCAUCAAUUCGCCAGUCAAAGAACGGUAACACGCCUCUGCAUGCCUGCUUCCUGAAUCAAGAUCUAAGUUAUGAUCAUCACAGAAACGUUACUGUAGCAUUGAUGAUGACGGAUCCAAGCAUAAUAUCCAUCAAAAACAAUGAUGGCAAAACUGUACUUGACUUGUAUGAAGAAUGCGAGUGUAAGAGGUAUGAAACAGAACGUGGAUGUUUACAGAAAGAGGAGUUAUUACUGAUAUUGAAAGGUGGGCAACUUCCGGCAAUCGAUUUUACACCUUCUGAAAGUGCAAUUCCAUCAAUAAUUCAAACUCAUGGACCAUCGUCUGUAAAAGCUUACACUGAAGCCUUAGAAGACGGCACUGUUGAGGUGAAUCUUGGAACAAUUAAGGUGAUAGGACAAGAAAGAGCGGGUAAAACCUGCCUCAUAAAUUCCUGCCUUGGUAAAAAAUUUAACGAAGACGAAAAAAUUACAGAUGGAAUAGCAACCACUAAGAUUAUAACCAGGACAACCAAUAAAACUGACGAAUGGAGUGAAAAUCUUACUAACGUUGGUAAUGCUACUGAAAGCUAUGAGAGGUCAAUGGCAGAGACAAUUUUUAUGAAAACAGUAGACAACUAUGGCUCUGUUGGAGAAAUGCUUGAUGAUUAUUAUAACUCUGUUGAUGAAGCAGCAUCAGAAAAAGGAAAAACUAUACAUGAGACACCAAAUGAAAACGUGAGUAUGGAUAUAAUAUAUUAUCGGUACUAUUGUUUCUAUAUACAAACAUUGCGUUAAACUAUGGUUGCAUAAAUAUAUAACAUGCAUAAAAGUUAUCAUGUACUAUUUUGAUAUAUUU